UCCGAAGACUCGUCUCUCCUCCCUGUCCUACAGCGGUGACGGCGGCCCGGGGAACGCCGGCUGGGCUCUGCGCCGCGCACGUACCCCGAGCGCCCCUUCGCGGAUCCUAGACGCCUCCUCUGCGCGCUGGUGUCACCCGGGCGCCGUGAAGGACCAGGCUCCAACUGUCGCCAGGAUCCAAACAGCGUCAGCGACGCAGGGCCAAGCCGCCCCGGCGACUAGGAGACAACUCGGUUCCCGCCCAAGGCCUGGUGGAACAUGUUUUCGGGGACGCAGUUUGCAUGACAGUUGCUAGACUAUGUUUCCACUUCUGAUCGCACUCAGCCAGCUGACCAGACUUACCCUCGCUGUUCCUCAUUGGACAAAAAGCCUAAAGGAUUCCGACCAUGCCCGAGAAGAAGUCUUUGCGUCAAAAGCAGCAGCAAACGUCUUCAUGCACCGCCGGCUCCUGUACAACAGGUUUGAUUUAGAGCUCUUCACUCCCGGGGACCUGGAGAGAGAAUGCUACGAGGAGUUCUGCAGUUAUGAAGAAGCCAAAGAGAUCUUCAGGGAUGACGAGAAAACGAUUACAUUUUGGCGGGACUAUUCGCUGAAAGGACCGACCACACGAUCAGAUGCUAACAAAGAGAAGAUAGAUGUUAUGGGCCUUCUGACUGGACUCAUCGCUGCUGGAGUAUUCCUGGUUAUUUUUGGCCUAUUUGGUUACUAUCUGUGCAUCACCAAGUGUAAUAGGCAGUCAUACCUGGGUUCCUCAGCUGUCUACACAAGAAGGACCAGACACAUACCCUCCAUCAUCUUCAGAAGCCCUGAGGAGGUUGUCUUGCCUUCAUCGCCACCUUCAGAGGACACAGGGCUACCUUCCUAUGAACAGGCAGUAGCACUGACCAGAAAACACAGCGUCUCACCACCGCCUCCAUAUCCUGGGCCAGCCAAAGGAUUUAGGGUAUUUAAAAAGUCUAUGUCACUCCCAUCUCGCUAAGCCCACCUUGCCGCUGUUCUGUAAGACAUUCGUGUGGUUUGAAUGAUUUGUUCUCCCUGAAACAAAAAACGACUUGCCUGUUCAGCUUUCUAUGACAAACUGCAAGGAAUAAAGAAGCAAUACUGAACAGAACUCACCACAGUUCUGCUUCCGGCUCGGACUGGAACUGGAUCUCUAUCAUCUUGGUAAGAGACUUCAGCUCCAUUUCCUUGAAGUGAAGAAGAAAGUGCCGUUUUGCAAUGUAUGUUGUACUGGUUCAUAAAUCUUUGUUAUAGCUGGGUAGUGUGAUGUGUGUUUAUAAGUGUAUGUUGUACUGGUUCAGAAAUCUUUGCUAUAGCUGGGUAAUGUGAUGCGUGCCUAUAUAUAAUCCCCACACCUAGGACGCUGAGUUGGGAGGGAUGAGAGUUCAAGGACGGUCUUAGCCCUAUCCAGACCCUGUCUCAAAACAAGACAAAGUUUGUUAACAGAAGGAGCAAACUAGGAACUGUCAAUCAUUAGUUUAUUUCAAGUCAUGAAAUUGGAUCCUCUCUUCAUUAGGAUUUCUUCUUGGCUGAGAAUACUUCACAGAACUUGACAUUUUGGUGUAAAUCUGGGGCCUUGUAUAAUCACCUGAUUUUCUGAUUUAAUUGGUGCAGAGCCUUCACCAGAUUUGCAGGUCUUAGUUUUUUCAGUUACUAUCAAUCAUGUUUCCAUGGGAUAAGAGGGGCCAAGAGAGUUUUGUUGUUGUUUCUAAAAAUUGCUAUUCAUUGGGCUGGAGAGAUGGCUCAGAGGUUAAGAGCACUGACUGCUGCUCUUCCAGAGGUCCUGAGUUCAAUUCCCAGCAACCACAUGGUGGCUCACAGCCAUCUGUAGUGAGAUCUGGUGCCCUCUUCUGGCCAGCAAGCAUACAUACAGACAGAACACUGUAUACAUAAUAAAUAAAUCUUUAAAAAAAUUGCUAUUCAUAGGCUUAAGAGACAUCUAGUUUGGAAAAGUGCUUAUCAUACAAACAUAAAGAUCUGAGGUCAAUCCUCAGUAUCCAAGUCUGAAACAAACAAACAAACAAACAAAAAACACAAAACAUCAACAACAGCAUGAGUACUUGGAUGCAUACCUUUAAUCCUAGCACUGGGAAGAAGGACACAGGAGAACCCCUGGGGUUGGUGGCUAGCCACUGUAGCUGAAUCAGGAACCUCCGAGUUCAGUGAGAGACUUGGUCUCAAAAGUUAAGAUGGAGCCAGUGAGGUAGUGCACGCCUUUACACCCAGCACUCAAGAGGCAGAGAUCUCUGUGAGUUCAAGACCAGCUUGUUCUACAUUGUGAAUUCUGGGACAGCUAGAAAGCCUGCCUCAAAAAAACAAGAACAAGACAGGCAGUGGUUGUGCACACUUUUAAUUACAACACUUGGGCGGCAGAGACAGGUGGAUCUCAGUGAGUUCAAAGCCAGCCUGGUCUACAAAGUGAGUUCCAGGACAGCCAGGACUGUUACACAAAGAAAUCCUGUCUCGAAAAAAAAAAGAAAGAAAGAAAGAGAGGGAGGGAGGGAGGGAGGGAGGGAGGGAAGGAAGGAAGGAAGGAAGGAAGGAAGGAAGGAAGGAAGGAAGGAAGGAAGGAAGGACUGAGUCUAGCAGUGGUGGCACAAGCCAUUAAUCCAGCACUCAGGAGGCCAGCCUCGUCUACAGAGUUAAUUCCAGUACAGCUAGGGCUAUACAGUGAAACCCUGUCUCAAAAAACAUAAAAAUAAAAUAAAAAAUUAAUUAAGGUGGAGAGCAAUUGAAGAAGAUACCAAUAUCACCCUCUGGCCUCUACAUACAUGUGUUGGCAUGCAUAUGCAUACACGCAUACAUAAUAUCGAGCUAGAAAUUUAGUGAGAGAAUGGUAGAGGCAAGUGGUGGAGCACUGGUUUCAUAUCCCUGAGGCCCUGGGUGUUAGAUUCCUCAGCAAUAUCAACUGAAGUCAUCAGAAAGCCUUUGUGUGUGUGUGUGUGUGUGCGCGCGCACUGAAUAUUGAACCAGAGCAUCACAUAUGCUAAGCACGUGCUGUAUCAUUAAGCUAAACUCUCGGUCUCCCUCAUUUCCCUAGUACAGCCUAACAUAUGGGAAAACACACCACAGUUUCAGCAGAUGCUUCUCUAUUGUAGUCAUAAGGGUGUAGAAGAGGAGUUCAGUGGAAAAGCCUGUGCUUGACAUGUGUGCAGGACCCUGGGUUAGAUCUCCAGCGCCAGAACAAAACAAACCGUAGCAGAGCGUGACUCCUACUCGUGGAGCACAUACUAACUUACAUGCUUGUCUGCUGGAGCUCGUUUGCUUGUUCCGUGUCAAGGAACCGGGUUCUCUGGAAUCCAGGAACCACACAGUCCUGAAAACUCACUAGAAAAAACACUGGUGCUUUUCUUUGUUGUCUGUUUCUGUCAGACAUUUCCCUAUUCCUUAAGAUCCUUUAUAAAUUGUUACUUUGUUUUACGAUGUUAUAGAGUUGAGAUUGCAACCUCCUUGCAUUUGAUAGCUCCACCCAAAUUAAAUAUUUAGAAAAUCCAUAUCAUUUUGCAGUGUGUGAAUGUAAGUGUGUGUGUGUGUUUCUUUUAUAGCAUUGUGAUUGGUUGGACCUGGUGUGACACUCCAGCAGUCUCUCCACUUAGGAUCAGCCUGGUGUUUGAGCACAGCCUGGGCUACAUAGAAAGGUCACGUGGAGUAAUUAGGCAGCUCUUGUCCCAGAUAAAGCAAACACAAGACGGCAGGAUCUUCAUUAGGGCAGAUAAAAGGAGGACAGCAGUCCUUAGAGACUGGAAACUUUUAUACUUUCACAUUUUCAGACCUAUAGGCUGCAUGUCACAAAUAAAUCAUCUGCCAACACUUUCAUGUAAUUAGAAGUGUUUUUAAGUCACCCAUAUUGCCUCUAACAUUCUGUUCUUCGUAUCUUCUCUCCAUAACACCUUUCCUCGUAUAACUAUGUGCUUGACGCUGACUUUAGUUCUCUUCUGAGAGGGUUUCUAGGACUGACCUUGCUCACUUUGUAACCAGCACAGCUAAGGCAUGACUUGUCUGAAAUCUGCUAGGUUGGCGAAAGCUGGGUUUGUGGUGAGUAAUCCACUUCAUCUAGUCCCAUCUCACACUCUACAGGAGAGGUCAAUCCUAAGUACAUAGGACAAAUACAGAUAAAAAGACAAGGGCGAGUGGGAGAGAUUGUUCAAGUGGUUAAGAGUAUUCGCUGCUCUUCCAGGGGACCCAAGUUUGGAUCCAAGCACCCAUAUUGGGCUGCUCACAGCCACCUAUAAUGCCAUCUCCAGGGGGCGGGGUAUCCAGUGCUGCCUUCUGGUCUUUUCAGGCACCUAAACUUUUGUGGCAUACACUCACACAGAUAUGCACGCAUGUCCUGGAACUCCAUCUGUGGAUCAGGCUAGCCUGGAACUCAGAGAUCCACUUGCCUCUGUGUCCCAAGUGUGCUGGGGAUUAGAAUCCAGGGCCUCGCUCAUGAUAGGGAAGAGUUUAACCCCUGCCCCCCCCCCACACACACACCAUACCCUGUUCUUUUCCUGAAUCCUAAUUUGGAAUAGUCUAUUGCCUCCGCAAGUCUAACCCCAAAGUUAGCUUCAGGACCUGUGACAGCCUCACACUGUCCCUGCUACAGCCUUACAUUUACCGUCUACCCUAACUUGAAGGGAUCUCAAAAUUCACCACGAAAACUGUGAAAUCACUGGUGUUUCUAGAGCAUCUAGGUGUCAGGAUACUUGGACUGCCAACAGAAAACUGUAACAGAACCACUGAUAGCAAGCACCGGAAAACUGAAAGGGAUCUCUCGGUGUAAAGCCACCACAGACUUGGGUCGCACUGCCGGCUCCCUUCCCGUGGUGCCUCUGGAGCUGUUCAGUGUGGCUAAUGCGGAGCGGUUCGGUCUGUUGUUUAGUUUCGGCUUCUUCUCCGGGGAGUGGACUGUUGUGAAACAUUAGGUCUGUUUUCGCAUAGGUUUUAUUUUUGAUAGACCAGUUUUUCUUCCGUUACAAUUAGGAAAUGGAUAGAAUAUGGCUAUAAUCAGAUUUGAAAGUGACAAAGACGCAGCUAUAAAGCUCCAUUUCGUAGGACAGGGAAAGAGCACGAGCUCCGGCUGUGGGAGCUGCGCAUCUGUUAGCAAUGUGCUCCUGAGUGAGAGGCGGGGGAGGGACUCCCAGAGCGAGCCACAGCUGGAGAGGAUCACCGUCCUCUGCGCCUUGCUUUCCCACUUACCUCCAGACGUGUUUCUUUCUUGUGGUGACGUUGGCGUUGCCAGACACCUAGCAGUGAUUUGUACCAACACCCCCCUUACAUUGAUCUCAAAAUUUCUCAUCAGAUUUUUUCUAUUUCUCAUAUAAUUUAUUUGUAUGUGUACUCCUCCUAAAUGUACAGGAGAAUUUUAAUGGUAAAAGAUUUACUCGUGCUUAACAAAAAAUCAUAUUAUUCAUAAUCUUUUUGUUUUAAUUGAAUGUGAAUUAAAUUUUACUCGUUGUUUGAUCUGAAAUGUUAUGGAUGACAUUUAUGCUAUUAGGGGAAUGUCAAGUAUUUCUGUAAUUUUUUAAAGAUUAGAUUUUUGGAGACAGGCAUGCGGACAUAUACCAGAAAUACCAGUACUUAGGAAGCUAAGGGAAAAAGAUUGAUACAGCUUCCAGGCCAACCUUGACUACAGAAUGAAACUCUGUCUCAAACAAAAGGAUGAAAGAAGGAAAGAAACAAAGAAACAGAAAAGAAAAACCAAAGCCAAAAAAACCAAAUACUAUAUUGGGCUGAGGGAACUGUGGUGGAAUACACACUUUGCUUAUACCGGGCACCUGGGUUUGAUCCCCAACCCCAAGUGAACAAAUUUCAAUGCUGGGCUGAAGAGAAGGCUCAGUGGGUAAAGACACUUGCUGCUAAGACGGACUACCUGAAUUCAAUCCCCAGGUCUCACAAGUUUCUCCUGCCAACUGAUCUCUGAUGGCUUCCACAUGUGUGCAGUGGCAUGCAUACAUUCGCCACCCUCCAAUAAGAAAAUAAAUGCAAUUAAAAUUAUUUUUAAUUAAAGUAAGAUAAAAAUAAAAAUAAUUACCUUUUGUAGAUGUUGUCUUUGGUCAGCUGGAACAUAUAUAAUACAUGUUGAUGCCUUCAGUCUGAUGAACUGUGUUUCUGCCAUGUUUUGCUUUACAAACAGGUCCUUAACAGUUUGGAGUUAACCAGUACAACUGUUAUCAGUAUUCGUAUUGUCUGAAAAAAGCAAUCCAUUUUUAAAUGCAUAGCCUUCCUAAAAAAUAGCUGUGUUUUAUUUUAAUGAACUUCUUGUUACAUUUACUUUUUAUACAUGUGAAUAAACUUUAUACUAAGUAAUAUUUAUUGCUUAUUCUAUAAUGACUUUCAUGUGAUAUUACACAGGUUAAGCCUGACCAACUAAUUGCAUAUUUUCAAAAUAAUGUUUAUAGCAUUUAUAUCUCUGAUAUGGCGGGGCCAGCAUCCUAUUUAAACAAUUCAGCUACAGUUGUAUGGGUGUUACUGUUUAAUAAAGUUUUAAUAUUUAAUAUACCAUUUGAGGCAAAUAUAUUACUCCUUAACACUCAAUGUAUGUGUGUGGCGAUGUGACCUAGCACAAAAGUCGUAACGCCUGCAUUUGACUCUUAACUCAGCACCGAACCAAGAAAACACCCCUUCUUCUCGCUAAGGCUAAUGUUCAGCUCUUUCUAGCACUAUAACAUAUCCUUGUCUGAAUGGACCACAGUUUUUCCAUUUACCCUCUCAAGCACAUCGCAUUCGCUUCCGGGUUUAUCAAUUUUAAAUAAAGAUACUGUAAUCAGUCA